AUGAAACAAGUUGUUAUCACGAGACUGCUGAGAAAGAAGAUUGGAUAUAAAGCUCUGAUGAAUAGAAUACAUACGCUAUGGAAGCCAAUAGGUAAUUUCAACUUAAUAGAUCUUGAAAACGACUAUUACUUAGUGAAAUUCGAAGAUAUUGAGGACUACAUGAGAGUUCUUACCGAUGGUCCUUGGAUGAUAUAUGGAAGCUACCUGACAGUUCAACCAUGGUCGAGGAAUUUUACUAUAAUCGAGAAGCACCCUUCACAAGUCAUCGCUUGGUUGCGACUACCUGGUUUGCCCUACAUAUAUUACAAUAUUGUACUAAUCAGAAUAAUUGCGAACACGAUAGGAAUAGUCAUCAAAAUUGACUACAAUACCAAAGUUGGAGAGAGGGGAAAAUUCGCUAGAAUUGCAGUUGUAAUUGACCUGAAUAAGUCUCUUACUCCAUGCGUGGGAAUAGACGAUUUUAUACAAAAAAUUGAAUAUGAGGGACUCCAACAGAUCUGUUUCAAAUGUGGUACCCAUGGGCAUGUAAAAGAAGCAUGUCAAACAAAUCAAGAAGGAAAACAUAUAGAUAUUCCCAACACUGGUCAUACUGUUGAAGAAUAA